GGGCCUGGCUCGUUAGCGCAGGGGAUCCGAGCAGGGCAGGACAUGUGAGAUAGUCACAGUUUUCCAGAGAUCACGACAAGAUCUAACCAGUCGCGCGUGGUCCCCGGCGCCGGAGCGGGCCAGCCCAGCCCAGCCCAGCCCCGCGCAGAGCCCCCGCCGCCCCCGCGCCCAGAGCCCCGCGUCCCUCGCCGUGCGCCGGACGGGGAACCGGGAGGAGCUGCCACCGCGCUUGCCACCUGGGUCGCCCUUCCUCCGCGUGCGCCGCCGCCCGGGCCGGGGGUCCGAGCCGCGCGCCCCCGGCCCCGGCCCCCGGGCGCCUGGGCCGGAUGUCCCGAUGAGAGAGCCGGCGCUGGCGGCCAGCGCCAUGGCUUACCACCCGUUUCACGCGCCACGGCCGGCCGACUUCCCCAUGUCCGCCUUCCUGGCGGCGGCGCAGCCCUCCUUCUUCCCGGCGCUCGCACUGCCGCCCGGCGCGCUGGCCAAGCCUCUGCCCGACCCCGGCUUGGCGGGGGCGGCGGCGGCGGCGGCGGCGGCGGCAGCGGCGGCGGCCGAGGCGGGGCUGCACGUCUCGGCACUCGGCCCGCAUCCGCCCGCUGCGCAUCUGCGCUCGCUUAAGAGCCUGGAGCCUGAGGACGAGGUGGAGGACGACCCCAAGGUGACGCUGGAGGCCAAGGAGCUGUGGGACCAGUUCCACAAGCUGGGCACCGAGAUGGUCAUCACCAAGUCCGGGAGGAGGAUGUUUCCUCCCUUCAAGGUGCGAGUCAGCGGCCUGGACAAGAAGGCCAAAUAUAUCCUGCUGAUGGACAUCGUGGCCGCUGAUGAUUGCCGGUAUAAAUUCCAUAACUCGCGCUGGAUGGUGGCGGGCAAGGCCGACCCCGAGAUGCCCAAACGGAUGUACAUCCACCCGGACAGCCCGGCCACAGGAGAGCAGUGGAUGGCCAAGCCGGUGGCCUUCCAUAAGCUGAAGCUGACCAACAACAUCUCCGACAAGCACGGCUUCACCAUCCUGAACUCCAUGCACAAGUACCAACCGCGCUUCCACAUCGUGCGAGCCAACGACAUCCUGAAGCUGCCCUACAGCACCUUCCGUACCUACGUGUUCCCCGAGACCGACUUCAUCGCGGUCACUGCCUACCAGAACGACAAGAUCACGCAGCUUAAGAUCGACAACAACCCGUUUGCCAAGGGCUUCCGGGACACCGGGAAUGGCCGGCGGGAGAAAAGGAAGCAGCUAACGCUGCCGUCGUUGCGCUUGUACGAGGAGCACUGCAAGCCAGAGCGCGACGGUGCCGAGUCGGACGCCUCGUCCUGCGACCCUCCCCCCGCGCGGGAACCGCCACCCUCCCCGGGGACAGCGCCUAGUCCCCUGCGCCUGCACCGGACUAGAGCCGAGGAGAAGUCGUGCGCCGCGGACAGUGACCCAGAGCCCGAGAGGCUGAGCGAGGAGCGCGCGGGGCAGGCGCUAGGCCGCAGCCCGGCCCUGGACGGCGGCAGCCCCCCUCGCUUGACCGAACCCGAGCGCGCCCGGGAGCGGCGCAGCCCCGAGAGGGCCAAGGAGCCGGCCGAGAGCGGCGGGGACGGCCUGUUUGGCCUGCGGAGCCUAGAGAAGGAGCGCGCCGAAGCCCGGCGGAAGGACGAGGGGCGCAAGGAGGCCGGCGAGAGCAAGGAGCCCGGCCUGGCGCCGCUGGUGGUGCAGACAGACAGUGCGUCCCCCCUGGGCGCCGGACACCUGCCGGGCUUGGCUUUCUCCGGCCACCUGCACGGGCAGCAGUUCUUCGGGCCCCUAGGGGCCAGCCAGCCGCUCUUUCUGCACCCGGGACAGUUCGCCAUGGGCCCCGGCGCCUUCUCCGCCAUGGGCAUGGGCCACCUACUGGCCUCGGUGGCAGGCGGCGGCAGUGGAGGAGGCGGCGGGCCAGGGACAGCCACCGGGCUGGACGCAGGCGGGCUGGGUCCCGCGGCCAGCACGGCAAGCACCGCCGGGCCCUUUCCGUUCCACCUCUCCCAGCACAUGCUGGCAUCUCAGGGAAUCCCAAUGCCCACUUUCGGAGGCCUCUUCCCCUACCCCUACACUUACAUGGCUGCUGCUGCCGCAGCGGCCUCCGCUUUGCCAGCCACUAGUGCCGCGGCUGCUGCCGCCGCUGCCGCAGGCUCCCUGUCCCGGAGUCCCUUUCUGGGCAGUGCCCGGCCCCGCCUGCGCUUCAGCCCCUACCAGAUCCCAGUCACCAUCCCACCUAGCACUAGCCUCCUCACUACUGGGCUGGCGGCCGAGGGCCCCAAGGCUGCAGGCGGCAACAGCCGGGAGCCCAGCCCGCCGCCCGAGCUGGCUCUCCGCAAAGCGGGGGCCCCGCCCCGCGGGGCCCUGUCGCCCAGCGGCUCAGCCAAAGAGGCAGCCAGUGAACUGCAGAGCAUCCAGAGACUGGUGAGUGGGCUGGAGAGCCAGCGAGCCCUCUCCCCCGGCAGGGAGUCGCCCAAGUGAGGGGGCCGCUCAGCUGCUCCGCUGCCGCGCAGGCCUCCUGAGCUGCCUGCCCCUGCUGCUUGGGACAUGUACAGCACAGAAUGGGUAUUUAUUUAAAUAAAGGAGAAAAAGCGGGCUGCAGCAGCUGGAAUGAAGCCCCGAUCAGCCAGCCAGGGCCUGGGACACUUCCCUGGGCUUCAGAAGGAAUCCGGCUGCCAGGAACGCAGUCGCGUUGGAGCCACUGGAUUUGGUCCAAGCCUGCUCCCGUGUCAAGGUGUCAUCGGCGGGGCCCUCUCCGGGUCCUCCAGCGCUGUGGGGAGGCCUCGUCCCUGGCCCAGCCAGAGGCUGGCUCUUCGGGAGCCAGAAGGUGCCGGGGUCAGGCGGGGGAGCCCCAGAACCCCUAGCCUCGGGCUGGGACCGCUUGAGAAUCUGGGGUGAGGGGUGCUGGGGUCAGUGAAGAUUCAAGUCAGUGUAGACUUGAGCUGAGAGAACCUGUUCUUUUAGUCCUUCCACCUCUUCACCCAGACAGGCGCCCCUCCCACCCCUGGGUCAGCAGAGGGAGUGGCACUUCAGCCUUGAGUCCCCAGGGGGAAAAAAAAAAGAUAUUUAUGAAAUAAAUGGUAAUUUGUGUAAAUAAGCUUUAAGGUUCCCAGAAUAUGCAAAUUGGUAUUAAUUUAUUCAAAGGUGUACAUUGCUGUGUACAUAAUAUUUAGAGAUUAACUCAUAGCAUUUAAUUUUUUUUUUCAUUUUACAUGAGCAUCUAUAUUGUACAGGGCUGGGGGGUGUCCUUGGCUGCGGGAGAGGGCCCCGAUCCCUGGAGGAGCUCCCACCCCGCCAGCCCCUCGGCCCCUGCGCCCGGGCUUUGCUCUUCCGGCCCGCGGGCUCCACCUCAGGUUUUCACUUUUCGCUCUGGAGCGAGACGAAACGACAAAAACUCGAGAAAACAAUAAAACGCUACAAUGCGAAGUGAA